CAAAAACUUCUCAUCUUGUUAAUUGACAAAGCUAGCUAGGUUCUUUUACAAACUUAUAAAGGCAAUAUGAGUUCUAGCGCUGUCAGCCAUGAGAUCGAGUCCUCAGUCUCAGCUGCUCGCCUUUUCAAGGCUUCAAUGAUUGAAUGGCAUAACCUCGCUCCUAAGAUCCUGCCUGAAAUUGUGUCAAGUGCUAGUGUUGUCGCAGUUGAUGGUGGCGUGGGUAGCAUUAGGCAGAUCAAUUUUACCUCAGUACUAAAUUAUCUAAUGCUAGUAGACGAGGCUAAUUUUGAGUGCAAGAGUAGCCUAAUUGAAGGUGGUGAUCUUGGUACGAAGCUUGAGUCAGCCUCUUCUCAUUUCAAGCUCGUGCCGUCGAGCAAUGGUGGAUGUGUUGUUAAGCUUGAGGGUACUUUCAAGGUUCUCCCUGGAGUUGAAACGACCGACGAGGUUGCAAAGGGAAAAGAGAUGAUGACAAAUGCUAUCAAGGCCGCAGAAGCCUACCUUGUCGCGAAUCCCACUGCCUACGCUUGAUGAUUCAUGCUUUUGCGUUGAGUCUCUCAGUCCGGUACACGUUGUUGAAUCAGUAAUAAUAUGGAGAGAUCUUGUAUGCCUGAGUGUUUAAGUAGCUUUGUUUAAUUCUUCAUGUUUGAAUGUUAUUUGUGUGGAGUUGCCCUAUGCUUGUGUACGUCCUUGUUUGCAAUAAUAAACUAAAACAUGCUCUUUCUGUUUUGCUCUUUA